AUGCGCAAUGGCGCAGGAACACACAAUGCCGACCUGGACGCAACGGCAGCAGAGCUCAUGCGGUAUCGCGAGCAAUACCGUGACGGCGCAAUAGACUCGAGUAUCAACGCACAGCCAGUCGAGGUAUACCUUUACUACGCGAGGCAUGAGCGUACACGCGAGAACGCCGACACACGGCCAGCACCCGAUGCGCCCUGGGUCGCACUGGGAAAGCGAUUACGGGGCAAAUCCGACGACAUCAUUCCCGUGCCACGGAUGCAUCCCGUUGCAAGCAUGGUGGCUCGCACGGCCGACACUGCGGCUCCAAUCAACGGUGGCUGGCGCGCAAUCCGAGAGAACGGGGUGGCGGUCGAGCUCAUGUCCAUGAAAGGGCACUCGAAAAACACUUCGUCUGCCAACACGGACGAGACGUUGACCGAAGCGACACAGUGCAAGAAGGUGGCAGAUAUCCCAGACCCUCUCCUCACGGUGCAGGAACGCGAGACGACAUACCGCCUCCUCCGCGUCGCGAGCUGGCAGGUCAUCUUCUACCUCAUCACUACCGACAUGCUUGGAUGGUUCACAGCCAGCAAGACGUUUACCCUGAUCGGCUACGGGCCAGGUGUGCUAGUGUAUACUGGCUUCUUCCUCUUUGCGUUUGCGGGCGGACAGAUGCUGUGGCGCGUGUACAUGAACGUUGACUCGGAGGAGUUUCCGGUGCGCUCGUAUGCCGACCUCGGCGAACGCACAUAUGGACCACCAGCGAAAUUCCUACUCAACGUUCUUCAAUCCUUGCAGCUGAUAUUCAACGUGGGCAUGUUCAUCGUAUUGCAAGGCCAGGCUCUGGCACAGAUCAUCAACUUCAAGUUCUGCUACGUUGUGCUCAACGUCUUUUUCGCCCUGGUUGGCAUGCUCAUCACGCAAAUCCGGACAAUCCGGAACAUUGCGUGGUUCUCCAACAUCAACGUCUUCAUCAACCUCUCCAUCAUGCUUGUCACCGCUGUCGGGGUGGGGUUGUACGAUCCAGUCCCAGGGCAGAGCGGGCACCGAGACCUAUCCGAGCCGAUCAAGCUGUUUGGGUGGGUGCCACCCGGUACAGAUUGGAACACGCAGGUGGCGGCAUGUCUGCUUGCCGUGUUCAGCUACGGUGGCGCAAUGAUCUUUGUCGAGUUUAUCGCCGAGAUGCGCCGUCCCGCCGACUUUUGGAAAGCUGCACUUUGCGCCCAGUUCCUCUGCUACGCGACCUACAUGUUCUUCGGCCUCUUCGGCUACUCGAUGCAGGGACAGUACGCAGCGAUCCUGCCGACAGUCAACAUCGCCAACAUUGCGUUCCAGGCCGUCACCAACAUCAUCGGCAUGCUAUGUGUGUUUGCCACCAUGUCGCUUUACGCGCACAUCGGCUGCAAGCUGAUCUACCGCGUCAUCCUGCGCGGAUACUUCCGUGCGCCGUCCCUCACAUCACGCAAGGGCGCCAUCUACUGGGCCAUCACUGUGCUCGGGUACUACUGCGUUGCUUGGACUCUUGGGUCGGCCAUCCCGAACAUCACCGACAUCAACGUCAUCAUCGGCGCAGUCUGUGCACUCCAGUUCACCUUUACGUUCCCACCUCUUCUCCUUCUGGGACACUGGAUGCAGGUUGACGCCGCUGCUGGCGACAUCCCCUGGACGCCAGGGAUGGAGCCGUACUCGAACCGUGUCGAUUCGUGGGCCGACUGGAGCCGCUGGAAACGUGGCAUGGUGCGAUGGUGGUUCUUCAAGCUCCUCCUCUUGAUCCAGUUCUUAGGCUCCCUCACGCUGGCGGGCCUCGGGAUCUACUCCGGCGUCAGGACCGCCAAGCAGUCGUACAGCAUGGGCAUCACACGCGCUUUCUCUUGCCGCGCACCCGGCCAGCCGCUUCAUUGA